AUGAGCCGCGAAGUCGCGCUGGGCCGCCUUUAUGAGCGUGCCCUGGCCACGCCCUUGCCGGAUCGCAACCCCCACCCCCACCCCCAUCCCCCUGCGCCGUCGUCCGAGGAGGAGAGCUACGAGGUCGUCAUCGCCGGGGCCGGACCCGCCGGGUUGGUCCUCGCCCUGCUGCUGGCCCGGCAGGGGCUGCGCGACCCCCAUGCCAUCCGCUGCGUCGACCCCCGCCCCAGCCCGCUCCCCUGCGGCCGGGCGGACGGACUGGCGUCGCGCACCCUGGAGACCUUCAAGGAGUUGGGGAUCUAUGAGGAGGUCAUGGCGAUUGGGCUGGAGGUGGCCGAGUCGGUGGCCUGGGCGGAGGGGCCGGGGUCCGCCGGCAUUGCCCGCACGGCCCGGUACAGCACCGGGCUGCAUAUGCCCUCCAGCCGCGUGCCGCAUCUGGCCUCCUGCCCCCAGGGCCAGAUCGAGCGGCUGCUGGCACGCGAGCUAUUCCGGUAUGCGCCGUCGGCCCUGGAGCGUGGGACCCAGGUGGUCGAUGUCCAGGUGCACGAGGAGGAUCCCGCGCGGCCCGUGCGGGUGACGCUCCGCGACGCGUCCGGCCUCGACCGGGCCGUCCGCUGUCGGUUCCUCGUCGGGGCGGACGGGGCGCACUCGACGGUGCGGCGGAGCGUGGGCAUCGAGAUGCUGGGCAACUCCAGCGCCUCGGCCUGGGGGGUCAUCGACUUUGUCCCCGACACCGACUACCCCGAUAUCCGCCGGCUGGGCAACAUCCACACCAGCCACGGCAGUGUCCUGCAUUUCCCCCGCGAGCGCAACGUCGAUGGCGGCUGGCUGUGCCGCUUCUACGUGAAUAUGAACGACCUGGACGAGGACCAUCCGACGGGGGCCGGGGGGGCCGCGGUACGAGUGACGCCGGAAGGCAUUCUGGCCCGCAUGGCGCAGAUCCUCGCCCCCUACCGCAUGCAGAUGAAGCCGGGCACCCAGAUCGAAUGGGUCAGCACCUACGAGGUCGGGCGCCGCAUCGCCUCGCGCUUUGCCUGCCCCGAUGCCUCUGGUCUGCCGCGCGUCUUUCUGGUCGGGGACGCCUGCCACACCCACAGCCCCAAGGUGGGCCAGGGCAUGAACGUCAGCAUCGCCGACUCGUACAAUCUCGCCUGGAAGCUGGCGCAUGUCCUCCGCGGUCUCAGCCCCCGCGCCCGCUGCCUCCUGGACAGCUACGGGAGCGAGCGCCGCGCGGUGGCCGAGCAGCUGCUCGACAUGGACGAGCGCUGGUUCCGCUACGAGUACGAUGUGAAACACGCGGACCGGCCGGACAACUACUCGCAGGGGCGGACGGAACUGCUGCGGUGCAUCACCGGCUUUGCCAGCGGCCAGGGCAUCCAGUAUGAGGCCGGCUAUCUCACCCAUCCGGCCAAGGGCCCCUGGACCGCCCGCCCGGGGACUCGCCUGUCGCACGCGGCCCUCCAGCGCUUCGCGGACGGCCUGGCCGGGGAUCUGCACGAUGAGCUGAUCCCCGACGGUCGCUGGAAGGUGGUGCUGUUUGCCAGCACGGAUCUGCUCCGGACGGACGGACGCUCCGCGACGGCGUUGGCGUCGCUCUACGAGGAGGUCAUUCCCGCUUUUGUCGCGGGCGUGCUCGUAGGGGUCACCAUCCUGCCAGCAACUGUCCACGCUGCGGGGGCCACGGACACGGCCACCGAUGUCCCGACAAAUGACCUGGACUGGCGGUCGUUGCCCGAUUGUGUCAAGCGGGAAGCGGAGAUGAAAACAUUCAUCGCGCCGAGAUCCACGUACGAUUUGUAUGGCAUUGAGAUGGCGGACGGAGCGGUGAUGCUGAUGCGGCCCGAUGGAGUGGUCAGCAUGCUGGUGGGCCUGGACGAGGUGUCGCCGAGGGGGAAGCUGGCAGACAUGCUGAAGACGGUGAUCCACACGCGUUGA